AUGUGGUAUGAAGAGAGGAAUAAAAAUACAAAGUCCUCUGAUGGGACGACUUUCUCUUCGUGCUGCCAGGAUGGCAAGGUUUUGCUUCCUCGCCUUCUUGAAGCUCCUGAACCAUUAAGAUCAUUACUUGAUUAUAACGACACGGGGACAGUUAGAUUCAGAGAACAUAUUCGAGUGUACAAUAGCAUGUUCUGCUUCACAUCAUUUGGGGGAAAGAUUGAUCAUGCUAUAAAUAGUGGUAGAAGCCUAUACACCUUCCGAAUAAGCGGGCAGAACUACCACCGAAUAGGGUCCAUGCUGCCAGUUGAGGGUGAACAGCCCAGAUAUGCUCAACUAUAUUUCUACGACACACAGAACGAAGUCAAUAACCGUAUAGCUGCUUUGUUUGGGGUUUCCCGUUCUCACAGCACAUGUGAUGAAACAAUUGUUGCAUCCCUCAUCAGGAUGCUGGACAACCACAGUUCUUUAGCUAACGCCUUUCGCAUGGCACGCGACUGGUGCAUUCAAAAUGAAAGCAACAAUUGUCAUCUACGCUUACUCGGCCAAGUAACAAACAACCCACAGUACAACCGACCUAACGUGUCUGAGGUUGCUGUUCUUAUCACAAACGACUUUGGAGAAAACACCGAACCACGUGACGUUAUCGUCAGUACACAAAACGGCACGCUACAACGGAUAUCAGAAUUACAUCAGCUAUACAUGCCUUUACAAUACCCGUUAUUGUUUCCGUACGGAGAGACCGGGUUCCACGAACGCAUACGUUACCACGACAACACUGGCCGUCGGUCUACUAAACGACAAUGUGUCACGAUGCGGGAAUACUACUGCUACAGAAUCCAUUAUCGCAACAAUGAAGGCACCACCCUCCUAAGAGGCGGUCGUUUAUUCCAACAAUAUUUGGUUGACUCAUACGCGGCCAUCGAGGAACACAGGUUGCGUUGGAUGAGGAAUAACCAGAAUGAACUCCGCGUUGAACUCUACCAUAAUGUUUGUGACGCUGUGACGCGUGGGGAUACAAAUGCCAAGGCUAUCGGACAACGCAUAGUUUUACCAGCAACCUUUACGGGAAGCCCAAGAUAUAUGGUCCAAAAUUACCAAGACGCCAUGGCUUUGUGCCGUGCUUUUGGGAACCCCGACCUGUUUGUGACAUUUACAGCUAACCCAAAGUGGCCUGAAAUCGAAGACAUGGUCUCUCUCAUACCAGGCCAAAAGUCUCAUGACCGUGCAGAUGUUGUAUCACGCGUUUUUAAGCUAAAACUGUCCUUUUUGAUCGAAGAUAUUAUGAAGAAACAAAUCUUUGGCGUCUGCAAAUCAGGUAAACUUUGUAAUGCCUUGCCUCUCUGUUUUGCUGUCAAUUCUCCCACAAAUACUAACCUUUCUAAACUUUUUAAUUUCCUUCUUUUUGAUCUCUCUGUCUUUCGCAAUUUGUCUCACUGGUUAUAUACAGCUGUUUACACAAUUGAGUUUCAAAAAAGAGGCCUACCACACGCGCACCUUUUAAUAUGGCUUGAACAUUCUGCCGUGUCUCACACGCCUGCUGGUAUAGAUGACUUGAUUUCAGCCGAGAUCCCAUCGAAAAUUGACGACCCAUCCGGCUAUAAGGCUGUAACAGAUUACAUGUUGCAUGGCCCAUGCGGGAAUGACGCUCGCAGUGCUCCGUGUACAACAGAUGGAAAAUGUAUGAAACACUUCCCAAAGCCAUUUUAUCGAGAAACGACAAUUGACGAAGACGGCUACCCGGUUUACCGGCGUCGAGAUACAAAGAUUUUCUUUAUAAAGGGUAAAACGAAACUCGACAACCGGUUUGUCGUUCCAUACAACCGUUAUCUCCUUUUAAAGUAUGAAUCACACAUCAAUGUUGAGUGGUGCAACCAGUCCCGAGCUAUAAAAUACCUUUUUAAAUACUUAAACAAGGGGCCAGACAGGGCUACAAUGGUUGUUCAAGAAAACAUUGGCAGUGAUGGUGAAAAUCGUUCACAAAAGAUUGUUAAGGUUGAUGAGAUUAAAAACUAUUUGGAUUGUCGGUACUUAUCGCCGUGUGAAGCUGUGUGGAGAAUGCUUGCAUUCCCUAUACAUUACUCAUUCCCAUCCGUCAUGAAACUAACGUUCCAUACACCUAACCAACAUCUACUCACGUUACGUGAUUCUGACAGUUUACCAGCCCUUUUAAACCGUGAGGGGAUACGAGACACAAUGUUCACCCAAUGGUUUGCGUUGAACAGCAGAGAUGCAGCGGCAAGAAACCUUACGUACGCCGAGAUACCAACAAAGUACGUCUGGCACGAUGAUAACAAGGUAUGGAAAACGCGGUUGGAACGGCCAGCAAUUGGGCGGAUCGUGUAUUGCAAUCCAGCAGCUGGGCCAAAGUAUUACUUAAGGAUGUUGUUAGGGAUUGUGAGAGGGCCCCGAAGUUUUGAAGAAAUAAAAACGGUCGACGGUAUCGUAUAUGGAACGUUCAAAGAAGCCUGCUAUGCAUAUGGCUUGCUUAAUGAUGACAAGGAAUGGAAUGACGCUCUCUCAGAGGCUAAACUAUGGGCAUCCGGCUCCCAACUACGGGAGUUAUUUGUUACCAUGUUAUUGUUUUGCGAAGUGAACCGCCCAUCGCAACUGUGGUCACAGAAUUGGGAAAUACUAUCAGAUGAUAUCUUAUACAUGAAACGUAGGCUCUACAUGUUCCCUGGCCUACAGUUAUCAGACGACCAACUUAAGAACUACUGCCUGAUUGAACUAAAUGAACUGUUGGAAAAAAACGGGAAAUCAUUGGUGGAUUUCCCGGAUAUGCCACAGCCAGAUACGUCGCUGCUCGAUAGGAUGGAUAAUCGUCUAAUCAGAGAAGAGUUGAGUUACAACAAAAAAAAGAUGACAGACGAGCACGAACAACUAUAUGCAUCACUCAACACGGAACAGACGGCCAUCUACAACACAGUCAUUGAUUCUGUUACCACCCACAAAGGAGGGUUUUAUUUCGUCUAUGGUCCGGGUGGGACAGGCAAGACUUUCCUAUACAGAGCCAUCCUGUCACGUUUGAGAUCGAUGGGACUAAUUGCUCUUGCAGUUGCAUCUUCAGGUAUCGCGUCCCUUCUAUUACCCGGUGGUCGGACAGCGCAUAGCCGGUUCGCUAUCCCUUUAGAAUUACUUCACAAUAGCACGUGUUCCAUUAAACAGAAUACCCAAUUGGCACACCUUUUGCAGGAGGUACGGUUAAUCAUCUGGGACGAAGCACCAAUGAUGCAAAAAUUUGCAUUUGAAGCACUAGAUAAAACACUUAGAGACAUCUUGGGGUUUUGUUCCACCACAAACAGGGAACGUGCCUUUGGUGGCAUGCCUAUCUUACUUGGUGGUGAUUUCAGGCAAAUCCUUCCCGUCAUCCCAAAGGGAAAAGAGAAGAUGUUGUUCAAGCAUGCAUAA